AUGAAGUAUCGCAGGGUUCUCCCCUGGGCUAUCCCGACUAUCCUGCUGCUCAUCGGGUCCUACUAUUUCUACUUUACACACCAGGAGAGUCGCACCAUCUCACGGACAUGGUACGAUAAUAAUAAUCAUAAUAAAGAUAUCCCACCCAUAUGGCCAGAUAUUCUCAACAUUUCAACCCCCUCUCCGUCACUAUGGAAGGGGAAAAACGCAACCCGGACGCUGGUAGUAGCCAAACUACAACAGGACGACACCUCAUGGGUUGACGAACUCAUCCAGAACGAUCCUCAUCUCACAGGGGCCGUCUACACCGUCGACAAGCACAACGCAACAUUGACCGUCCCCGCCAAUAAAGGCCACGAGGUGAUGGUAUACCUGACCUACAUCAUCGACCACUACGACCGACUCGAUGACGUCACGAUGUUCAUGCACGCGCACCAGAUCACCUGGCACAACAACGACUUUCUAGACUCGGAUUCGGCGCAGAUGGUGCGUCGUUUGAAAAAUACCCAUGUUCUCCGCAACGGGUACAUGAAUCUCCGGUGUCAUCAGCGGCCCGGAUGUCCGGCUCAUAUCCACCUGACCGGAGGCCAGACAGACGACGAAGUGCAUUUCCCCGAGACCGCGGUCAUUGGAGACUCGUGGCGGCAGAUAUUUCCCAACGAUCCGGUGCCAGAGGCCUUGUCGCAGGCCUGUUGUGCGCAGUUCGCCGUAAGUUCGGAGCGAAUCCGUAGGCUUCCGAGACGGCGUUAUGUGGAGUAUCGGGAGUGGUUGCUCCGUACUGAGCUGGAUGAUGGGUUGUCUGGGCGGGUCUGGGAAUAUCUCUGGCAGUGGUUGUUUACUGGUAGGGGGGAGUUAUGUCCGGUGGAAACAACCUGUUAUUGUGAGGGGUAUGGCAUCUGUAUGGAUCCUGAUGAGUAUGAUCGCUACUAUAAGAAUCGGGAAGAAGCACGCAAGUUGGAGACGCAAUUAGAAGAACUGGAGGGGUCGGAUGAAACGGCUGCAGAGCUGAGGAAAAAGAUCGAUGAUUUGCAUGGAAAAAUGGAGGAGUUCAAGACCAAGGCGGUGGCCGAAUAG